AUGUCCUUGAAGUUCCUGUUUCUUGCUCUGAACGCAAUCGCAUACGCAUCGCCGUUCGAAUCGCCAUCGAAGGCGUCAAGCGACGACCCAUGCGAACCUUGCCAGCCUCAGGGAGCCACUAGCACUACUCCACCAGCAGUCGGUGCAGAUCUCAGUAAGCUCUACACCGAUAUCCUCGCAUCUGUCAAGGGCAUUAGCUUCCAGAAGCGAGCCUUUGGACCUCGCGCAAACGGUUUCUGCUGUCGCAAGAGCCUAGACUGCGUCAACGUCGAAAGACUCAACAUCCCCAUGUGCUACGACAAGUUCACCACAAACUUUGCGUUUGCCGAUGGCUCGUAUGGUUCUUUGGCCACUGGAGAAUACUCAUCCGGCCCUGCCAGCGCCAAUCUGCUGAAUGGUGAUUAUACAAACGGAGACCAGAAAGGAAACAUGUAUGCGAGUGACCUACAAGCGAAGCCGAACACUGCGACACUGUCAGUACCACCACAGUUCACGGGGAGCGGAGUUGGAGGCCCGAUUCCGGCAUCAGAACUUGGUUCUAAUAUCGUUUUCACCACCACCAUUCCCGGGACAGUCUUUACGGCAGCUACAACUUUAGCGCAGACCGUUAAGGUGGCGACGGUUAGUGGACAGGCGGUUUCGACUACGGUGCCUGCUACUACUGUUACAGCAGCUAUAUCCAUCGCCCCUCAGACAAAUAUCAUGACAAAAUCGCAAGAUGCGGCGGUUACAUCAAGCACUGGAGCAGCAGGUCAGGUGGCUGUCGAUACAACACAAUCGAUCGGAAUGUCCAUCUUGGGCGCCUUGGUAUAUGCCAUAUAUUUAUUGUAA